UUGGCCGUCCCGCAGUUCACGGGCGGCCCACGGCCCACGGCGGUCCAAUCCCCCGAUCCGUGGGUACGUGUCCUAUGUAUAAGUAUAGGUCCCUGUUCCAAGAAGGGUAAGCAUUUCCCGUUGCCACUUGCCAGGCGUGCUGCCCUGAGGUGGAGAGUGGAGAGUGGAGUACCCAUCUGGCGGGAUUGGACGGCCAUGUCGAUUGAGACCAAACGGCUAGCC